CUUGCCGAUUCGCAUGUGUGGACAAGAAAUAAAAUAUUUGCACAUAAAAUAGUGAAAUUUAUUUUCGAAAGAAAUAAUAAUAAACAAUUAAAAAAAUAAACAUUAAAAUGGAAUUCCAAGAAUUCCUCAAGACCUGGCUUAUGGUCUUAGUAGUUCAUAGUAUUUUUAUUAGCCCGAUAUUUGGACAAACAAAUGGUGUUGCGCCCAAUGCCUAUACAAGCUGUUUUACCCCCGACUACACCCAAGGCUACUGUGUUCCAAUGGCCAAGUGUCGUCGCAUUGAAUGGCUUGUCCAGAAUUGGUCACCACCCUAUCCUGAGCACAUUACACGCUACAUACGUCAAAGUCAUUGUGGCACUCGGGCGAAUGUGCAUUACGCCUGUUGUGCUUUCUAUGAUGUCAACGAUAGCAAUUUGCAGCAGCAUCAUUUGCACUUACAUCAGCAUCAUCACGCCCCUCCACCUCGGCCUCUACAGUUUCCCGGACAAUUGCCUAAGCCAUCACCUUCGCCGUCCAUGGUUCAUAAUCCCCAUUAUCCCUAUCACAGUGGUUCACAGGUGUUGACAAAUGGCGAGGCGGCAAUUGCCCCAAACUCACCACCAGCACGAUUCCAUCAUCGUCCCGCAGUGAAUUAUCUACAAGCUCCGCCGGGUGAACGUAUUCUACGUUCAAUGCCUUGCGGACAUUUGAAUGGUGAUCGCAUAGCAAAUGGAGAAAUUGUCAGACUUUCAGAAUAUCCUUGGAUGGUGUUGUUGGAAUCGAGAGGAUGGAAGAAAUCUAGGCAGCGUUUUCGCUGUGCCGGGACAUUGAUCACAAAUCAAUAUGUUCUCACCGCAGGGCAUUGUGUGGAGCCAAGUAAUGAGGUCUUCUCCAUACGUCUGGGUGAUCAUAACCUCAAAACCGAACAAGAUUGUGAAAAUUACAAAUCUAGCCGCAAAUGGAAUUGUGCACCGCCCUAUGAAGAUGUUGGCAUUGAAAGCGUUUUUCUACAUCCCAAUUAUAAACUGCAUCCCAUACAACAUGAUAUAGCUCUGAUACGCCUGCAGAGGCCGGUGACAUUUAAUACCCAUAUCAAACCGAUUUGUUUGCCCUUGGACUCGGCGGUGCAACCACACAUAACCUCCCAACAAAUUGUGGCCGGUUGGGGGGUGACAGAGAAAGGUUACGCCUCGGAUAUUUUGCUCAGGGCUCCCAUAGCUCUACAAAAUAUUGCGAUAUGUCAAAAUUUCUAUCCUCACAAUGCAAUUGCCCCGGAGCAAUUUUUGUGUGCCGGUGGCGGAGCCGAUAAGCGUGGCACAUGUCGGGCCGAUUCGGGAGGACCCAUGUUUGCGGCCGUUCCCUACGAACAUCAGCAAUUGCGUUACGUUCAAUUUGGCAUAACAUCCGGUGGUGGUUACGGCUGUGGUGGCAAAAAUAAUUCACCCGGCAUUUAUACGAAUAUACGAACUUAUAUAACCUGGAUAAUUAGUAAUAUUUUUUGAACAACAACAACAGCAGCAACAACAACAAUGCUAUUCUACAUAAAUCAAAUGAAAGGAAAUGUGAUUAAGUUGUUGUGAAAAUUCAUGAAAAAAGUAGUAGUGUUUGAAAUAAGUUGUUAUAAUUGAAUUACGUCGACAGACAUGUGAUUAUGUUUUUUUUUUUUGUUUGUCGGGAGACGGGUGGGAGAUGACGCUUUGAUAAUUUUCACAAUUAGAAGUUUGGUUUAAUUAAAUAAAUGAAUAUAAUUAUAUAAAAAUACAUAUAUGUAUAUAAAAAAAAUACAAAAAACACCUA